CAAUUUUAUACUUCUUUUCAUUUUUUAUGACAACACAGACUACUGAACUGUCAAGGGAUCUACUUUCAACAAUAAGAGUUUCAAAGAUAUUUCAGGACUCUGAUGGUCCAAUCACUUCACUUUCAUUCAAUGACAGUGGCGUCACUUGUUUAACUACUGCUGAAGACGAUAGCUUAAGAGUCUAUGACGCUUUAGAAGGAUCAUCAAAGGCUACAGUAUUUUCAAAAAAGUACGGCGCUACAUUAGCAAGGUUCUCACAUCAUGACAACAAUGUGAUUUAUGCAUCAACAAAAGAAGACGACACGCUGAGAUACCUUUCACUAUUUGAUAACAAAUUCAUUCGUUACUUUCGUGGACACAAAAAGAGGGUAACAGCCAUUGAUGUGUCGCCUAUAGACGAUAGAGUCUUAACCGCUUCAUUGGAUGAAACAGUUCGUUUAUGGGAUUUACGUUCAUCUACAGGACAGGGCGUAGUGCAUGGACAAGGACGAUUAGUGGCAGCCAUUGAUCCACAAGGACUAGUGUUUGCCGUAGGCACAAAUACAAACAUUAUCCACAUGUACGACAUUGGUGAAUACACGCGUGGACCAUUUUCAUCAUGGUCUAUCGAAGAUCCAAUCUAUCCUUCUACACCAAUACCAGAAUGGACUAGCAUAAAGUUUACAGCUAAUGGAAAAUAUAUAAUUGUCACAACCGUUGGCGAUAAUAUGUACGUCGUAGACUCAUUUAAUGGUCGUAUCAUGCAUCGUCUGAUAGGCAAUGCUGGCCCAAAUGAUGCCUCAACCAAUGGAGAAGAAGUCAGUCUCACGCCAGAUGGACGGUUUGUGAUGGCAGGCGGAAGUGAUGGUCGUGUAAGAGUGUGGGAUCUAUUACAAAAUGAUAAAAUAGACAUCGAACCCUUCCUUUCUUUACAAUCUCCUCAUAAGGAUCCUAUUAAGGCUGCUGAAUUUUCACCUUCACACGCCAUGUUUAUCACAGCAAGCGACGGCUUGGCCAUGUGGCUACCUGUAUCACAACCUCAAUAGUCUUAUAAGCGGAGAUUUCAUCUUUAUCCAUAUCUUGCUUCUCUUUUAUCUUUCUCUCUCUCUCUCUCUCUC